CUGAUUAGCUCAUUUUGGCACUUUUGAAUUAGCUCAAUUAGUAGCAUGCGGGUAUUGCCUUGGAUAGCUGCGGCGUUCUUCCUGACUGGCGUCGCAGAUGCGUGGGUGAAGCGUCGGUGGGACCACUCGCGGUCGUUCAAGAAGCUAGGGCUCACCGACCUCACGUGUCCAACAUCCCAUGUCGCCAACACAGACGAUACGGCCGUGACCACUCCGCCCUCUCUGCCUGCGUCGUGCUGUCUGUGUCAAACCUUCAUGCAACGUAUCGAGACGAACUUGAACGCGACCGAGAACGAUCACGAGAUGGACGUGGUGUUCCGCAUCAGCGAAGAGAAGAAGACAAUUCCGUACUCCCGCAGCGAAGGCCGCAUUCUUGAAGUCCUCGAGUCUGUCUGCAAGGACGUGUCGCUGCCCGACCCACACACAUCGCCCAAGGUCAAAGUGGCCGUCAAGAACGCGGUAACGUUACCUCCAUUCGGAUUCCUUAUCCACAUGUGACGCCCGUUGUAGUGCCAAGGCUUCGUGGACGAGUUCGCGGACGACCUCAUCGGUCUCUACUACAACAACCUCGCCCCCCAGCAAACUGCCAUGUGCGUCGACCGCCUGCAGCUGUGCGCUUCCCAACUCAACGACGAGCUUUAACAUGGCUAAGAUCAAGUCAAAUAAUUAGCUUUUCAGUCAAAUAUUCAGCUUUUCUCCAAUUUAUCAGUUUUUCAUGUAUUUUGACCAAUCUAUUUUG